CAUCAAUAUGUUAAAUUAAGUGGUUUCAUCUAAAUUAGCUUAAUGUGCUACUAAUAACUAAAUGAUCUAAGCUAAAUUAUAAAUCAUCAAAGAAGCCAGAAAACCUGUCUUAGCAGAAAUUGAUGAUAUACCUAAAUAAAAUUAUAUCUAUCCACCCUUUCAAUCUGAAAUUCCAACAUAACAAUAUUUAAAAUAAGUUAAUUAAGAAGUUAAAAAAAUUAAUCAAGAAAUCAAAGUUAUUAAUUAAAAGGCAGAAAUUUUCGAAAAAAAAUAUAAUCGGGAAGAAAGAAAAAGACAAGAUCAAAAAUUAUUUAAGAAACCAGUCAUUAAGACUAAAUAAUAAAUUGAAUAAGAAAAAAAAGACAAAGAAGAUAAGAGACUUGAUGAUUUUAUUAAUCGUAUUGUUACUAAAUAUGAACCAUAUCUUAAAAAGCCAGAACCUCUUAAAGAAGCUGAAAUCAAAGCCAAAAAAAUUUAUUAAUAAUAGUUUUAAUAAUAUCAAUCUAAAAAAGAAUAAUCCAAUUAAAUUUAAAAAGCUCUAGAAACUAAAGAAUAAAAAUAGUUUGAUCUAGUUACUAAAAAAGAUAAUUGGGUAAAACAAAAAUCAUAAACUAAAUUUUAAUUAGUUGAAGAUUAUAUAAAACCUAAAGAAGAAAUUAAAUUAGAGAAAGAAUCAGAAUCAAUCAUUAUGAAGAGAGAGUAAGAAAAAAAAAAAAAAAAAUAAUAGAUGUUAUUUUAUUAAAUACUUGAUGAAAAAGUAAAAUUGGAUUAAAAAAUAUUUAAGAAAAAUUUUAAUUUUUUGGUGACAAAAAUAUUUCAUUAAAUAGAUAAAUAAAAAACAGGAUACAUUUCUAAAGAAGAAUUACUAUCUUAUUUUAAAGAGUUUACUAUAUUUAUUGAUAUUUUUGAAAUAAAUUGGUAAUCAUUUAAAGACUUUGUUGUCAAAAUUAAAGCAACCCGUAAAGGACUUUUGAAUAAAUAAGAACUUAUUGAAAUUUUGUAAGAUCAAAAAUUACAUAGUAAAAUUGAGAAUGUUGCAGAGAGAAUUUAGAAUUAAUAAAAAGAAGAUUAUUAAUUACCAGAAUUUGAUUAGGAAGUUUAAGGUAACCAAGAUGAACAGAAUCAAAUACCUCAACAAGAAGAAAAAAGAGAUCCAGAUAUAGAUUUUAAAUAAUUAGAUUAUAUCACCUAAAUAAAUUAAUAAUUUUAAGAUUAAAAUUAUCCAAUUUAUCAUUAAGAUUUAGAAAAUAAAAAAAUUGAUUGUUAACUUUAAAAAGAAUAAUAAAAACAAAAGAAAAAGUUAGAUCCAAAUUUUAUUAUAUUUAAUAAUGAAAUAGGAUAAUUAUCUGAAUAGUAUAAUAAAGGAAUACUUGAGUUUUAAAAGAACGAAGAUUUUGUAAUAGAUUCUUUACUAUACAAUUUUUAAUAAAAGUGA